CUCUAUGUUAGUCUCACUUGACACAAACCCCUCCAUCAACGCGUACGACAACUCUGAGAUUUGCCUCAAAAUGGUUGACAAAAGCGAAAUCAACGAUGUGCUCAUGGACAAUAUCUCUAAUCGGAUUUACUAUGAGUUGGACCCCGCAGGAGACGUCACCCUCCUGGUUGUCAACGUUCCCCAAGAUCUGCCCCCGAACCUAAAUGAACUGAAGCUCGACGUCCUUGCGGGGCGGUGGCCGCCAGCAAAUACCUCUGACUCGUCACAGGGCAGCGAACAAAACCCCUUAUAUAUCCGCGCUUCGUCCAAACACCUUGCCUUGGCUUGUGGGUACUUUCACCGCAUGUUUGGGAGCGGCUUCAGCGAGGGUAUGGAGCUUCAAUCAAAAGGAUUUGUGGAGCUCAAAAUCAACCACCCUAAUGGGCUGGCAUUUUUACUACUAAUGCUCAUUGUCCAUUGCCAACCACGCCUCGUUUCGCGUAAGCUUUCAAAGCAGACCUUGACUGAUGUCGCCGUUCUUGUCGAUUACUAUCAGUGCCAUGCCGCGGUUGAUGUGUUCGCGGAUAUGUGGAUCAAAGCUAUUGAAAAGGAAAAGGUCUACGAGUUGAAGGGUGGCGAGAGCCUGAAAUGGGUGAUGAUCUCAUGGGUCUUUAGGUAUGAGCCUAAAUUCAAGGAGGCAACCAAAGAGGUUGUGGGGCGAUGGAAGAACACCAUUAAUGCCCGUGGGCUCCCAAUUCCCACAGUCGUACUGGACAUGAUGAAUACGCAGCGAACCAGUUUCCUCCAGGCUUUCAUUAACAGCCUUCAUCAACUCCAUACCCAAGUCUACCGGGGUUGCCUUCUGGGUGCCCGCUCCAACACGAAUAAGAAUGAACUUUGUACCUAUGUUGUCUUGGGAGCAUAUACGAAAGCUAUGAUGGACAAGAAUGUUCUGAUGCCAAAAACCCAAGCUCCCUUUGAAGGUAUUCAGGUUUCGCGUCUCAUCAAAGACCUUCGCAAGAGUAUGGCGUCGCCCCGUAUUGACGACAAGGGCACUCACGACAAAUGCGGUCUAUUCGCUCGCGGUACCGCCAUGCUAAGACUGCACCGAUUACCUGAAGGCUUUGAUUUUGCGGCAGUUAGAAUAUGACAUAUAGUUUGCACUGGUACGGUGACAAUGAAAUAUGCAGUACGCCUCAUAGCGAGGGCAGCAAAUCGCGUGUAAUCAGAUUUCUGAGCUCACACAAUAUGCCAUCCACUAUCAGCAAGAGUGGAAACUAGCACUCAUAAGUGGAGUGUGCUCAGUACCUGAAAUGGAGG